GCUAUCGCUCCUGUCGAUUAUUUUUCAGUAAUGAAAGACCUUUAACCUACUAAAAUCAUUGUCACAAUUUUCAUUAGUAGUUCUCAAAUUUGUAAAUACAGUAAGUUCCAAAAGAAAGAUUUCAAUAUAUGAAUAUGAAAAUAAACGAUUUGAGAAGACACUGAUAAAAGGUUGAAGUAAAAUAUUGUUAUAUCCAGUUCAAAAAAUAACACCAUAAGGAGAAAAUAUUAUUUUCACCCACAAGAUGGAAUCCAAAAUUAGUGCAGAUCAGGCACAAAAUUCCGUUUAUGACAAGGAUAUUGGAGAUAAUUUAAGCAAUGAUGAUUCUUCAUUUUUGGGAAAUAUACUGCGAGAAAUCCUGUACAGUCCAAUGAACUUGGCUUUAUUGGCAAUAAUAUGUUUCUUGGUUUAUAAAAUUGUUCGAGAUCGCACUGAAGUACCAUCUGCGGGGUCUGCAAAGCCAUCUGAGCCUGAGUUACCUAAAAUUCGAUGCGAUUUCACUGUAAAGGAACUGCGCAAGUACGAUGGAAAUCAGCCGGAUGGUCGCGUUUUGGUUGCCGUCAAUGGAAAUGUUUACGACGUUAGCAAAGGCAAGCGUUUUUAUGGCCCAGGUGGACCCUAUGCUACAUUCGCUGGGAGAGAUGCCUCCCGCAAUUUGGCCACAUUUAGCGUAGUUGCGAAUGACAAGGAUGAAUACGACGACUUGAGCGAUUUAAGUGCCAUGGAAAUGGACUCUGUACGAGAAUGGGAAAUGCAAUUUAAGGAAAAAUAUGAACUGGUUGGCAAGCUUUUGCGUCAGGGUGAGCAACCCACCAAUUAUGACGAUGAUGAGGACGAUGAAGUCAACCAAGUAUAUACAAAAGAUGAACCAGAACCAACCAACAACUCUCGUAAACGUCUACCCAAGUCAAAAACUGAGACUGAUGAAAAAAAUACAGAAAGUCACAUUUCGCAAGGCAACACUACAACCAUAAAUAACGCACAAGAUGAACCAAUUUCUACCGAUUGUUAGCGAACUCUGGUUUUUUGUUUUGCUUUUGGAUGUGGCUGUAAUAGUUUAUUUUCGGUUAGAAACACAACACAAAACUAAAAAGCAUUUCCGACUCUUUUAAUGCUGCCUCUGCUCCUUUAAAACUGAGAACAAGACCUAUUUGGCAAUACACUUCAUGAAAAUAACCCAAUUUGAAUAAAACAAAACAAGGCAUAAAAUUUAUCAUGAACAUUGGCAAAAAAUUCAAUAAAAUAUACGUUUUUUAUGUUAUUAUUAGAGUGCAGCCUUGACAAAAGCUAUAGUUGUUACUAUAAUUCACGUUGUGAUGUGAUCUUGUUCCAUAUAUUAUAGUAGUAUAUUCAUACAAAUGUAAUAAACGGAAAUCAUAAAAUUAUUUAAGGAGGAGGCCAAUGUGUGAGGGUAUGGGAGUCAUUUUCGUGGCAAUAUAAAUUUAAAUGUAACUAUAUUUGAAAUAAAAAUUAAAUACUUAAA